CGCUCGUGUCGUGUUUCCCUCCAUCACUAGCAGCUCUGAAGAGGACCGUGGACCCCCCCACUCCCACUGACGCUCCACGCAGAAUGUCUCGGACCGACGAAGUACACCGAAUCACGGAGAAUGUCUACAAGAACAUCAUGGAACAGUUCAACCCGUGCUUACGGAACUUCAUAGCCAUGGCCAAGAGCUACGAGAAGGCUCUCACCAGUGUCACAUAUGCUGCAAAGGGCUACUUCGACGCUCUGGUGCGGAUGGGCGAGAUGGCCAGCGAAAGCCAAGGCUCUAAGGAUCUCGAAGAGGCAGCAUGGGAUGUGCUCUUUCAGAUGGCUGAAGUGCACAGACAGAUCCAGAUCCAGCUUGAGGAGAUGCUAAAGUCUUUCCACAAUGAGCUGCUGACGGAGCUGGAGAAGAAGGUGGAGCUGGACGCGCGCUACCUGAACGCGGCGCUGAAGAAGUACCAGAUGGAGCACAAGAGCAAAGGGGAGAGUCUGGAGAAAUGCCAGGCGGAGCUGAAGAAGCUGCGCAGGAAGAGCCAGGGCAGCAAGAACCCUUCCAAGUAUGGAGACAAGGAGAUGCAGUACGUGGAGGCCAUCAGCAACAAGCAGAGUGAGCUGGACCAGUACAUCGCUAAGGGCUACAAGAACGCUCUGUCUGAGGAGAGGAGGAGGUAUUGCUUCCUGGUGGACCGCCAGUGUGCCGUGGCCAGCAACAGCAGCGCGUACCACAGCAAGGGGAAGGAGCUUCUCUCCCAGAAGCUUCCGGUGUGGCAGCAGGCGUGCGCUGAACCCACCAAGCUGCCGGACAGAGCCAUGUUCCUGGCCCAGCAGAUGAGCGGAGCAGCGGGAGCCCUCCAUCCCGCCAUCUCUGAGCAUAUCUCCGGGGCUAAACCUCUGCCGGUGCCUCCAGAGCUGGCCGGCUUCCGGGGCGCCGCCGCCGCCAUGGGACAGCAGCGGCUGAUGGACGGAGCGAUGCCGGCGAUGAACGGCGCCGCCGGCGGCGAGGACUACCAGCAGUGGAUGGAGAGCAAGGCGGCCCAGAGCAAGGCCUCGCCGCAGCCUCAGCGGCACGGAGCAGAGGUCUACUCCAACACCCUGCCUGUGCGAAAGGCCGCCCCCGCCAAGAGCAAGACCCCCCUCUUGGAGACCCGCACGCUGCCCCGCUCCAGCUCCAUGGCUGCAGGUCUGGAGAAGAACGGAAGAACCCGCGUCCAGGCCGUCUUCUCCCACGCCGCAGGAGACAACAGCACACUGCUCAGCUUCGCCGAAGGCGACGUCAUCACCCUGCUGGUGCCCGAGGCCCGUGACGGCUGGCACUACGGCGAGAACGAGAAGACGAGGAUGCGGGGCUGGUUUCCUUUCUCCUACACGCGGCUGAUCUCUGAGAGCGGCGGCGACACCAUGAGGCAGCUUCGAGUUCACAACCUCCAUCUUGGGAAAAGCAGCAGCACUGGCAACCUGCUGGAGAGAGAGGACAUGAGUCUGCCCGGCCCGGAUUACGGCACGCAGUCCCGGAUGUCUGCACAGAGCAGCGCCACGCUGCACAGACAGCAGCGCCCCUACAGCGUGGCAGUGCCCGGCUUCCCACAGGUAAGGAAAGGUCAGAAGAUCAGAGGUUCAGGCCAGGUAAACGUUCAGCUGAGCUGCUGA